AAUGAAUAAAUAAUUUCCUUGAUAGAUACUUGAUAUAAACACUUUGUAAUUUAUUUCCUAGAUUUUGAAGGUCAAGUGGGAGGCUGUAUCUCUUCAGUCAACCGUUAUAAUCAGCUUCAAAAUCUUCAACAAGAGGCAGGCAGAAAAAUUUACACCACAAGGCUCGAAGGGCUAUCCUCUUUUAUUUCAUCUGGUUUUUUGGUGUCUCUGGGCAGAAGAAAAGAGAAGCUUUCAAACAUGGCUGGAGGGUCUUUAGCUCCAACCGGGGUGGCCAAGGAGAGAGCAGAGCUGUACCAAGGGAGGGUUACCUUGCAUGUGAUUAUUGCAUGCAUGGUUGCAGCUGUUGGAGGAUCAAUCUUCGGAUAUGACAUUGGAAUUUCAGGUGGAGUGACUUCCAUGAAUGGAUUUCUGCGGAAGUUUUUCCAUUCGGUGUACAUAAAGAAGCAGCAUGCCCAUGAAAACAACUACUGCAAGUACGACAACCAAGGGCUGGCAGCAUUCACGUCUUCUCUAUACUUAGCUGGUCUAGUUGCAUCCUUGGUGGCAUCUCCUAUAACCAGGGAGUACGGCCGUCGUGCAAGUAUAAUUUGUGGGGGAAUCAGCUUUCUUAUCGGAGCAACUCUAAAUGCCGCAGCUGUCAAUAUCGCAAUGCUCCUGUUGGGUAGAAUCAUGCUUGGUGUUGGAAUAGGAUUUGGAAACCAGGCUGUUCCGCUAUACCUGUCAGAAAUGUCACCAAGUCAUCUACGAGGAGGCCUCAACAUGAUGUUUCAGUUAGCAACUACCCUUGGAAUCUUUACAGCGAACAUGGUCAAUUAUGGGACUCAAAAGCUUGAACCAUGGGGAUGGAGGCUCUCUCUGGGCCUAGCAGCAAUACCAGCCUUUUUGAUGACGGUGGGAGGAUUCUGUCUUCCUGAGACACCUAACAGCUUAAUUGAAAGGGGAUCAAAAGAGAGAGGCAGAAAAGUCCUGGUGAGGAUUAGAGGAACAGAUAAUGUUGAUGCAGAGUUUCAAGACAUGGUAGAUGCUAGUGAGUUGGCAAAUUCAAUCAAGCAUCCCUUCAGAAACAUCCUUGAGAAAAGGAACAGGCCACAAUUGGUCAUGGCAAUCUGCAUGCCAACAUUCCAGAUCCUAACAGGCAUAAACUCCAUCCUCUUUUAUGCUCCAGUGUUAUUCCAAAGCAUGGGAUUUGGACGAAAUGCUGCAUUCUACUCUUCAGCUCUCACAGGAGCAGUUCUGGCUGGAUCUACAUUCAUUUCCAUGGCAACAGUGGAUAAAUUGGGUCGAAGAGUUUUACUCAUCAGUGGUGGAAUACAAAUGAUUAUAUGUCAGGUUAUAGUUGCCAUAAUCUUGGGGUUGAAGUUUGGGGAAAACCAAGAACUAUCAAAAAGUUACACAAUAUUGGUGGUGAUUGUGAUAUGUCUCUUUGUUUUGGCUUUUGGAUGGUCAUGGGGUCCAUUAGGCUGGACUGUACCAAGUGAAAUAUUCCCAUUGGAAACCAGGUCAGCGGGACAAAGCAUUACAGUGGCUGUGAAUCUUCUAUUCACUUUCAUCAUAGCUCAGUGUUUCCUUGCCAUGCUUUGUCAUUUCAAGUUUGGGAUCUUCCUAUUCUUCGGGGCCUGGAUCACUGUCAUGACCCUUUUUGUUUACGUUUUCUUGCCUGAAACCAAGGGAGUUCCUAUUGAAGAAAUGAUAUUUCUGUGGAGGAAACAUUGGUUCUGGAAGAGGAUUGUCCCUGAAUAUCCCCAAGUUGAUGAAAAUGAGACUAGAUAGAAAGACCAAGAAGAAUAUCCUAGAAAUACUUGUACGCCAACGCUUGUGUUGUGAUUGUACUAGUCAUCAAGGUAAUGCAGGUAAGAGGACGUGAUUCGACCGAGAUGGGAAUGCCAAAAGCAAAGGGCACCUAGGUAAGGAUUAUGAAGCUCUUUUAACAUCAAUACAAAAAUUCCUUGCUCGGUGGUUGUACCAUUCUAAAUUUAAAGAUGAAUGUGAUUUUUCUUGUCAAGUUGAACAUGUAUGUCUCGUACUAAUUGGUGGUCUAUAUCAUAUAUAGAAGGAAGAUUCAAAGAUGCUUUCAGGUA